AGCAGCUGGCCACCCGAUUAGAGGUAAUCGACGAAACCGCGAACCGACCUCGACAUACCGUCGCGCCGGAGAAGUCCCUGCUUCCCGAUCUCGCGUAUCGUUCGUCGCGUAAGCCCGCGAGAGGUACCGCGACCGCUGCGGUUGGAAUCGCGAGCCCGAGUAACGCGAACAGAAAGGUUCCGAGAUACAAUCGCGAGACGAGACCCUCCGGUAAUACGGCCGCCCCGAUCGCCGCUGGCACUAGCACCACGAAAUGCUGGAAUUGCCAGAAAAUAGGACAUAUCGCGCGCGAGUGCGGGGAAGAACGUCGUAUUUAUUGCUAUCGCUGUGGAAAAUCGGAAGUCACGGUGAAGACGUGCCCGACGUGUUCGGGAAACGCUUAA